AACUACGAUUGUGGUAAGUGCCGGGAUGUCAUCAGUACGGACAUGUUCCAAAUGAACGAUGACCCAAGCCUGGAAUGUAAUCCACGCUCUCUCCGUACUACUAUAUAAACCUCCUGUCCGCAUUGGAUCGUGAAGAUAUUUUCUUCCACCGCCAACAUGUCCACCCAGCAUCAUCAACAGAAGGCCCUCUUUUUGCAGUCAAAGCAAGGCAAGUUCGUAGUUAGUCCUCGGGAUAUCCCAAAGCCGGGGAAUGGAGAAGUGCUGUUGAAGAUACAUGCGACGGCGCUCAACCCCGUUGACUACAAGAUCCAGCAGCAUGGCAUUUUCGUUGAGAAGUACCCCGCCAUUCUAGGCGCUGAUGCUGCAGGCGUCGUGGAAGCCAUUGGCGAUGGCGUACACACCUUUGUCAAGGGAGAUAGAAUCUUUGCACAUGGUCUUCUUGAGAACGACAAGGCGACUUUCCAACAGUUUAAUAUCACCGUAGCCGACUUUGCGGCCAAGAUCCCGGCGACGCUUUCUUAUGAGCAAGCAGCUUCCAUUCCAUUGGGCUUCGAUACAGCUUCGACUGGGCUUUAUGGAAAAUCUAAUGGAGCGGGAAUUAUCCCACCUUGGGAGGCCGAAGCUAAAGGGUUAUAUGCCGGAAAACCAAUUGUUAUUUUAGGAGGAUCUUCUUCUGUUGGAAGCUACGCCAUUCAACUUGCUCGCCUUUCAGGAUUUUCCCCUAUCAUUACCACCGCUUCUCCCCAACACAAAACAUAUCUUCAAUCUCUCGGUGCAACCCAUAUUUUGGACAGGCACCUCUCUCCUUCAGAACUCGUGGAUUCUGGGAACAAGAUCAUUCAGUUGUCUAAGGCUGAUUUGCACGUAGUGUAUGAUGCCAUUUCCAUCAAGGAAACGCAGCAAAUCGGAUGGGAGCUUCUUUCCUCGGAGAGGCCUGGGAAGCUUAUUCUGACUCUUCCACCUGUCGUAGAGAAAAAGGAAAACGACAAGAGGGAGGCCAUAUCAACCUAUGGAAGCCCGCAUGCACCACAGAAUCGCGAGUUAAGCAAGGGGGCGUGGAAGCAGCUCGAAGUGUGGGUGGACAAUGGAGAAAUUCAACCCAACAACAUUGACGUGCUCCCGAACGGGUUAGAGGGAAUCAUUGGUGGCUUAGAGCGUUUGAAACAAGGAGAGGUGAGCGGGACGAAGUUGAUUGCACACCCACAAGAGACUGCUUGAAUGCGAGAAAAACUGGUUAUUAUUAUGACAGUAUGAGUGAAGACAUGUAUUUGUAGCUUAAGUAGGGCAUAGCAGUAAAAGAACAGAUAUAUCAACGUUGCCUGUAUUCACAAUU